AAUUAAACACAUAUAUCAAAUAUAUAUUACUCCUGACAUCACGUGCAAUCAACGUUAAAAUAAGCUAUUAUUAAUCAAUCACGUCCUUCUUCUUCAUUCAGCUAUCCAACCAACCUUGGAUUCCAUUGCCUUGCGCUUCCAUGACCAGCAACGAGAAGAAGCUUCACAUAGCCAUGUUCCCAUGGCUAGCCUUUGGGCAUAUGAUCCCCUACCUAGAGCUCGCCAAGCUCAUAGCUCAAAAGGGUCACCGCAUCUCCUUCAUAUCCACCUCUCGAAACAUUGAUCGCCUCCCCAAACUCCCGCCCAAUUUGGCUUCCCUCAUAGAUUUGGUGAAACUUCCAUUACCCCACGUGGACAACCUCCCAGAAGAUGCCGAGGCCACCAUUGAUGUCCCUUCAAACAAGGUCCCGUACCUCUCAAAGGCAUACGAUGCUCUCCAAGACUCUGUGGCUCUGUUCCUAAAAGACUCACAGCCAGAUUGGCUUCUUUACGACUUUGCUCCUUAUUGGUUACCAAGAAUAGCUCGGGAACUAGGCAUCCCAAACGCUUUCUUCAGUAUAUUCAUCGCUGCCUUACUGAGCUUCAUGGGGUCGAAAGCCCUUUUCGGCGACCGCAAGAACCCAGAGGAUUUUACAGUGCCGCCCAAGUGGGUCCCAUUCCCAACCACGGUGGCGUAUCGGUUCUUCGAGAGUAUGAAAAUCUUCGAGUGCACAGAGGCCGACGUGUCAAACGUGUCUGUUUUUUCCCGUUUCGUGGAAGUACUUGAUGGUUGCGACAUAGUGGUUGUGAGAAGCUGCAUGGAGCUCGAGCCAGAGUGGCUAUGUCUUCUUGAGGAUCUUCACAGGAAACCGAUUCUCCCAAUUGGUCAACUUCCCACUAUAGUGCUCAACAGCGAGGAUGAAACCGACACAUGGUUGUGGAUGAAAGAGUGGCUGGACAAGCAAGCCAAAGGUUCAGUAGUGUACGUAGCAUUUGGGAGCGAGGCAAAGCCUAGUCAAGAGGAACUCACUGAGAUAGCUCUUGGUUUGGAACAGUCCAAGUUACCCUUCUUCUUUGUACUAAGAACUCGACGUGGGACAGCUGAUACUGGGUUGAUCGAGUUACCAGAGGGGUUCGAGGAGCGAACCAAAGGACAAGGGGUGGUUUGUACGAAUUGGGUACCUCAGCUCAAGAUUUUAGCUCAUGACUCCGUUGGUGGAUUUUUCACUCACUCUGGGUGGACCUCAGUGGUGGAAGCACUUCAGUUUGGGAGAGCUCUCAUAUUGUUGACUUUCUAUUCAGACCAAGGGAUUAAUGCUAAGGUUCUGGAAGAGAAACAAAUUGGGUAUUUGAUACCAAGGAACGAGCAGGAUGGUUCGUUUACAAGGGACUCGGUAGCUAAGUCACUAAGGCUGGUGAUGGUAGAGGAAGAAGGCAAGCUGUACAGGGACAAGGCUCAGGAGAUGAAGGGUCUGUUUGGAGACAGGCAGAGUCAGGAUCUAUACUUGGAAAGUUUCCUUGAUUACCUGAAAACCCAUCAACGUCUCUCCAAAUUGCCAUCUGAAAACAUUUGCAGUUGAAUAAAUCCUAGCUAUAUACCAGUAGCCAACAACAUUUGGAAAUCGUUAUUUCUUCUCUUUGCUUCAUUAAUGGUGGGUUUGUUAAGGUAUCAGCUUCCAGGGAUUAUGGUUAAGCUUUCUUGUAGCUUAUUGCUUUUCUCGAUUGUCA